ACUUCAGAGCCCAUUAUGACAACUUCCACAUCAUUGUUUUAUUUGCACACAGUAGGACUACCACAGUAAUAUUGUGUCCGGGAUGAUUCAGCGUCUUUUGCGCCUCCACCGACUCUCAGAUACAGUAUAGUGUCAUAUUAAGACAGUUUCUCCGCCAGUCGCUAGAUCGUGCUGCAGCCCAUUUAUAUCAGACCAGCAGGCAGCUUCUUGCAGGAAAACAGGACAUAAAAUGCGAUUGAACAGUCCCCGCUGAUAUGGCUCUUACUGUGAUGUUCGACCUCGCUUGCAAGAAAACUACCUUCAAUACAUGCGCAUUUACUUAGGAAGAAUGAGCUCGAAGUCCUUAUGAUGUGUCAAAGGCUGCGGACCUGUGCUCCCCCACUAUGGUUGUAGAUGGCACCAUGCCAGAUGAAAGCAGUAAUGGAGACCAGGAGGCUGGCCACUGCUCAGACUGUGGAUGCAUUUUCAGCCAACCACAGCAUGACCCUGAUUCACCGAACACUUCAGCCCCUCCUAGACAGCAGCAUUACAAAACAGACCGACCAUCCAAAUGUCUGUCCUGCCAGGCAGGCAACAGUCUCCCUAAUGGUCAAAGGCCACACAGGCGUGUUCGCCUGGACCCUCACAGCUGCAGCCUGUGCACCAAAACCUUCAUCUCCUCUGCCCACUUGGCCCUUCACCUGGCCUCCCACAACAAGGAGAGGAAGUUCAGGUGUAGCACUUGUGGUAAGUUCUUCCACCAGUCCUCCCACCUGAUGGCACACAAGAUAAUCCACAGUGGUGAGAGGCCAUUUAAAUGCCCUGAGUGUGGCAAGACCUUUGGCCGUGCCUCACAUCUGAAGACCCAUCGUCGGCUCCACACAGGGGAUAAGCCCUUCAAGUGCACCUACUGUGACAAGUCGUUCACCCAGAAGGCUGGGCUCCUGGCACAUGUUCGUCUGCACACAGGGGAGCGGCCCUACAAGUGUGAACAGUGUGGUGAGGCUUUUCGCUCUCUGUCACUCCUCCUCUCUCACAAGGCUGAAAAAUCAUCAGGGCAGGCCAAACCAGAGUGUGCACCAGUAGUAAACCAGCCCCAGAGAACACAAUGCAGCCAGGACGAUUUGAAGUGUGGGGUCUGCUGCCGCACGUUUGUACGGUCAUCAUACAUCAGGCUGAACAUACGCCUCAAGAAAGGACAGCGGCCUUAUCACUGCAAAGUGUGCAACAAGACCUUUGUCAAGCUGGACACGUUUGUCAACCACUGUGAUAAACACUUGCGACAGAAGAAGGAUAAAAGCAAGGAGGUUAAGUUCAAAGUUGUUAAACCCCCCCUGUUUGUUCCGGUCUCCAGGCCUCCUUCCCCUGAAUCCUUACCCACUCGGCCUUCACCAGCAGAGGUCAACACACGCUCCAGGUCCAAAGCAAAGAUUAAAACAGAGCAGUGACAUAAAAGUGUACUUUUAUAAAAGUACACAACAUAUGCAGGACAGUUUCAUCUUAGUCAUCCCCCC